CACAUUCGAAUCCAAUAGUUUGGGCUGAUAAGGACCUUCUCUUAAAACGAUUACAAAGCACCAUGAUGAAGACUUCAGUAAUGUUCAUGUUAGUAUUCGUGAUCAGUUUGAUGUGUUCAAGCGAGGCGCAGGAGGUAGCGCGCACGUACUGCGGCCGACACUUGGCGGAUACACUCGCCGACUUGUGCUUCGGGGUGGAGAAACGCAGCGGUGCGCAGUACGCGCCCUACUUCUGGACGAGACAAUACUUGGGAUCUCGCGGGAAACGCGGCGUAGUGGACGAAUGCUGUUUCCGGCCUUGCACACUUGACGUUCUCUUAUCUUAUUGUGGUUAGGUUCAAUUGUAUCUCGAAUUUUAUUGAUUAUUAUUAAGAUUUAAUUAAUAAA